GCAGCAGCGCCUCCCCUGGGCCUCGGGCCGCCGCAGGAACCCCAGCAGCACAAUGCCCGGAUGUGACUGUCAUGGCAGCUCAUAGGGACCCUCUCACAACUUCCCAAAGAAAAAGAAUUGCUAUCACUCAAGAGUACUUUAUAGCCUGGUUUGUCUGAGCUAAAAUUAUGGAGAAAUGAUCUCUCUGAGCUGCCUUGUGAUAUAUAGCAAAUGGAAAGAAGACCUCCUAACAAGUCUCCACAACAUCCUUGAUUGACAUUCCACAAAAUUGAAAUAUGCAAUCUGACCAGAAAAACUUUGUACAAACUAAUGAAGCAAAUGCUUUUGCAGGUGCAGUUAGCAAGAGAUACUAUAGAAAGAAACUAGCUUCGUCAAUGAAAAAGGACAAAGGAGCCGCACAAAAGCGUGCACGUGUUCCAUCUAUGCCUUCAGUGACUCUGAAUAAGAAUGUGAAUAACCAGGCUUGUCAAGAGUUGAAAUUUAAGCUUAAAAAUGUAAAAGUUGUUCUUUCAAGAUUAGAUGUGCAGAAAAGCAUCUCUCCAUACUUGGUUGCAAAUGACAGUAAAAUUUCACUAACUAGAUGUCAAACUGCAAGAAAAUCCAUGAGGACGGGUGGCCGAACUUGGGUGGACCAUCGGAAUAUUUCAUUCAAGGAUAGUUCUUUGCCGCAUUCGCUGGAUGAUGUACCUAAAACUUCACAGGGGGUGGCAAAAGAUGUACUAGUAAAGGUUCUACGUUUUAGCUGUGAAAAAUGCAAAGAUAGUGCUGAAUACAACCCAAAACAGUUACUGAAACAUUAUCAGGAGUUGCAUGCUGCAGAUUUGCCUGUAUUUCCCUGUGAGUUAUGUAGUUUUACUGCUAAUGAUUUUCAGACACUGAGCCAACACCGAUUGAAACAUCGCACUCCUCUUCUUAAGUGUGAAGUUUGCAAUGAUGGUAAAAUGUAUACUCUACAAGAGCUGAGAAAGCAUCUAAAUUGGAAACAUGGUGUAAAUGGUAAUUUUCGCUGUGAAAAAUGUCGGUUUUCUACAAAGGAUCAAGGCACAUUUAUUCAGCACAUUCACAGACAUGAUGUGAUUCAGUACAAAUGUGGUAAAUGUGAGCAUGUAAGUUAUACAAAAGGUGAGUUUCAGAGACAUCUUGUUGUACACACAGGAGCUUUUCCCUUUUGCUGUCAAUACUGCAAAUAUGGUGCAACACGUAAAGAUUACAUCAUAAAACACAUUAAUGCUGUCCACAAGGGCCUGACAGAAAGUAGCAGUUCAAAACCAGAAAUGGAUUCAGGUCAGAAAGGCAAAUUGAAGAGUUCAGCGGGUCUGAAACUUGUUCUGAAAAGGUAUAAAAAUGGGGUGUCUCGGAAAGUACAGUGGAGAAAGAAAAGGCAAAUACUGCAUUUGUCAACUCCAAAGGAUAACACUAAGAGAUCUGAUGAUGCACCAAAAAAGUUCAGCCAUCCAGUACAACGGUCUCCAGUUGUCGAUGUGAGUUUAAAUGAAAAAGUAGUUAGUCCCAAAGAUAUCAACAUUGAGAAAGAUGAUAUUCUGCGACCAAAGUCAACAGCUUCUACUCCACAGAAGUCAGCAGAUGCAAAUAGCUCUAAACAAACGGCUAUAAAGAUCGUUCCAUUUCGGCCCCCUGUCCUAAUACUAAAAAAUAAGUUAUCAGUGCCACCUAACUAUAGUGCUCAAUUUAUGGGCUUCAAAGUUGUAAAUGGCAAACAGCAUUUGGUAUUGAAGCUAAUACCUACAUGUAAACAAAAUGUAAGUGCUUCAGAUUCUCAAAAUAAAGCUGGUAAUGAUGGCUCUUUAUGUUUGCCUCAGAACACAGGAAAUUCAGAUGUUAAAUUACCCUGUACGCAAACAUCGAAUGCAGAAUUCAUUAAAUUGUCAAAUAUUUUGACAAAUCAGGCUCCUGCAUUAAUGGUAACAGACAAUUCUACGGCGUCAAAGAUACAAACAUCAGUUCCACAGCUAUCUCACAAACUUUCUGUAACAAAUGACAAGCUUGCUCAAGUUAAGGCAAUAGAGCCAUCAAUUAUAGGCAUGAGUUCAUCUCUCACAGGUAAAUUAUUAUUGCCAACAUCAUCUUUGAAUCUAAUUGAGUCCACAAUAAACAAAGGUAGAUCAGAUAACCAAAUUAAACAAAACAAGACUCCAACUCCAGAAAACUCUUCCAUUUCAGAUAGUUCUUCAUCUCUGACGUUUGUAUCUUCAACCGUUAGUCAAAUUUCUUCAAAGGGAUUGCAAUGCUUAAUGGAGCAGGCAUCCAGUGGAAAAGUUAUGUCUCAGUCAGACAGUGAUGCUUCAUUACAAACCAUAAAAGGUUGCCAUUUACCUUUUAUUCACAAUUAUGCUAAGGUGAAGAUUUCUACAUCAAAUGAAUCUUGUGGCUUGAUGAUGCAGGGUGAUAGUUCAAAGCCAGUGACAAUCUCACAACCAUCAGUAGUUCUUCCUCAAAGUACCUUUAAAGAUGAAUCAAGCUCUGGGCAGCCACCCAAAAUGGAAGCUCAUGGAAUUCAUAUGUCAAGCCUUCAGCAACUGCAAUGUAUUGUAACAUCUCAAGCCUCUACAAAUCCAAAAUAUGAUCCAUUCAAUGGAAAAGUUUCAACAGCUAGCACAUCCAGUUCCAGCAAACCACCAUCAACAAGCACUUCAUCCCAGUUGCUGCUUGGCUGUCAAAAUCCAGGUAUGAAUGAAUAUAAUUCACCUAUGAUUCUGCAAAUGUUGGAACCUUCUGAAAUUAUUGAAGAAUCUGAUAUAGACAGAAAACCAGUGGCAUCAAAAAAUAUCUCUCACUCAUCUACAGUACCUACAAGUUCUCCAACAUCAAGUUCUAAUUCCUUUUCAGCUUCAAGUCCACUUGGAGCUGAAACCCUAAAUCCAAGGUGUGAUGAUCUCUCUAGUAAUCCUGUUGUUGACUGCAACAUUAAUUCUUGCUGUGCGGUAUUAAGCACAGUUGUUUCAGAUCAAAGUAUCUGUUCUAACAAUGUUGAGGAAUCUAACCAAGUCAAUUAUGAGAAAUGUUUGUAUAAUUUAAAUGUACAUUCUACAGAAGUACCAAUAUUGGAAAAAUAUGAGUCUGAAACCUUAAAGGUUAGUGAAAUGGAAUUCAAAAAUGUCCAUGAAAUGCAAAGUGGCCAAAAUUGUAUGUCAGUGCAGGGACAACAUAAGCUUAAGUGUGCAAGUAAUUGGUCCUCUACAACAGAUCAGAUAUCUAGCUUGGAGGGAAAUACUAGAUUUAAAAAUAUCGAAGUGGAUGAAACAAUUUCUAGCAAUAGCUCAGGUUCACAAGGAGAGAUCCUGGAUUCUUGUAGAUCUGAAUCAGAAAAAUCAACUCGUGUGAGUAAACCAGACAUAGAGAUGAUGGACUGUACUAUCAAUGAUAACCAAGAUCACAGUGUUACUGCAGAAGGCUUCUUGGAAGAGCAAGUUAGUGAUCGUAGUGUUUCCCCAGUAAUGCCUAGAAUUACAUCUGUGUUCUCGUUACAGACUGGGGAUGGAAUGAGUUGCUUGGCACCUGAAGAAAAUCAGUUACUACUUGAUGCAUUGAAGGCCACCUCUGUAUUUGAGAAUUUUUGUAGUGGAUCACAGUGUCCCCAAAGUAGUACUCCUAGUUUUCCAGAAAAACAGACCAGUACAUUUUCUGCAACAAAAAAAAUGGAUUUACAUAAUUAUUCUAUUAAGCAGAACUGUUGGGCUACGCAGUUGGACUCUCUAAAUGACAGUUGUGUUUUAGGUAUUGACAAAUCUCUUGGUGAGAAAAGAACACAGCAGACCCUCUCUCCGUCUGUAUCAAGUAAUUCCACACUACCAAAUGUUGCAAAAUUGAACACACUGUUAAAGACUCAUUCUGCUGAAAUAAUUAACCAGCAGUUGUUAAAGGAUGCAAUUCGUACUUCUGCUAAUGGGAGCAGUAACUCUUCUAUCGCACCUGUCACACUUCUAGGUCCUUUGCGCCUUGCUGGUAUUGCUAAAUCAGUUGUGAUCCAACCAUCACAGAAGGGUUCUGCAGUGCCCUUGCAUUUGACAAAACAACCUAGAUUGCAAGUAGUCUCUGGGGGAUCAGUUUCACAGUCAAGAGUUGUGACGGGAAACUCUGCCUCCCUGCCAGAUAAGGGGUCAGGUUUAGUACUUACUUUUGGAAAUGGAGCUCUUGGUGCAGUUGCUAGUAUUGUUUGUGGUGGCAAUCCUCAGACAUUGGAUCGUACAAAUGCCAGUACACAAGGACACACGCCAGUAUCUGACAAAAUCAUGCAAAAUACAUGUUCAUUAACCAGUGAUUCCAGAGUAGAUUGCAUGAAGACUACACCAGUAAACAGUUUGUCUUUCAAAGAUCCUUUGCCUAAAGAUCCAGUUUCUACUGUGUUUGACCAUCAUUCUUAUGCAAAGCUGGCUUUUGAUGCUAAUAGCAGUUAUACAGCUGAGAAAGGCACAUUAAACAUAAAUGAUCAGGAUAAAAAAAAAUUUAUUGAACCACUUGAAAAUAUUACCGCUGUAUCAAGUAAUUCUCCCUCAAUUCCAUUAAGGCAUCUGACUGUUUUGAGUUGUGAGAACACACACAGUACAAAUAUUGAAAAUGUAUCAGACCAACAAACUGUUGUGCUUCAGUGUAUUGCAAAGAAACCUACUGAAACUAAAAAUGAAGAUGCUAUGACAAAUUCUAGUUCCAUGCCUGAAGAAAAUGGACCAUUUCCGAAGAAGAUUUUCUUGAAAUUUAUUAAAAGUCCUAGUGGGGAGUCAGGAAUGAAAAACAAUCAAUUUCUGACAAAUUCCAUGGCAUUUCACAGUGAUGCUGCAGGUGACUUGACGAAGUCUUUACAGCAACCAAGUCAGACUGUGGUGUUUGCUGGUGGCUCUCCAUGUAUCCUGCUACCAGUGAAUAAACCUGUGCUCUCAACUCCUGCAAAUGACAGCAUCCUUCCCCAGCUCAGUGCUCAAGCUUCCUUUAAACUUCCUAUUCCUCCAGCUCCCAGAAGUUCAUCCAUUCGAUCCGCUGAGAAAAGAAAUGCUAGUAAAGUCUCUUCAGUUUCAUCUCAGAGAUCUGCAACAAAACCAAUCUGCAGAUGGGAUGAUGAGAAAUCUGAUGAACUGUGGCAGCCACGGAAAUCAUGUAAUGAAAAGCUUGUUUUCAGAUACAGCAAGCGACUAAAAAAAAAGUUGGAAAAUUCUGCAAAUCCAUUAAAAACCGUAUCCAGUAGCUUUGAUGAACUUAAAGAAACCGAGCAAGAACAAAAAAAUCCUCCUCAAUUUAAGAAUAUUGCAUCCAAGCGUAGCGUUGUGAAGACCCUAAGACUUGUACCUUUUGAUCACGGGCAACUUAUUAGAUGUCCGAGAAGAAACCAACCUGUGAUAGUGCUUAACCAUCCUGAUGUUGAUGCCCCUGAAGUGGUUAAUGUAAUGAAAACCAUUAAAAAGUGUAAAGGAAAUGUUCUCAAAGUAGUUUUAUCAAAAAGAACAAUUAGUGCUUUGUUGGAUGCUUGUAGCAGCAUGCAAGUAGCUGAGAAAGGAUUCCUCCUCAAUCAGGGCAAAAAGAUAAAACCGGUAAGCCCUGUCAAGGAAAGAUAUGUGCUGAAGUUAAAAUUGAAAAAGACAAGCAAGAACAAUUAUCAGAUUGUAAAAAACAUUUCGAAUAAAGCUAUUGAAGCUAGAUUCAGCUGUUGGUUUUGUGGUCGAAUAUUUGAUAACCAGGAGGAUUGGGUGGGUCAUGGUCAACGUCAUUUAAUGGAAACUACGAGAGAUUGGAAUAGCUUGACUUGUUGGUAAUGCAUUAAGCAUCAAAAGGUCUAAGAUUGAAAGUAAUUUGUGAUGUUCAUGUUUUGCCUAUAUCUAGUUCACUGCACCACUUCAGUUAAUGUAAAUUUAUUGGAGAGGAACUGUCUUAUGAAACCUGGAUGAGAGAAAAGCAUUUAAAUUUGAAUGUACUUAAAGCCCUUUAUAGAAUGUUUCACAGUAUUUUCUUGUUUUGAACUAUUUGUAACAAUGGCUGUGGCCAUUGGAUAACACUAAAUAAAUGCACUCUUCAGAAUCUCUUCAGAAAAUUUGGUGGGAAUAGCCAUUUUCUUUCAGGUUUUAUUAUGACCGAAUAUCUUCAAUAAGGAGGGAUGUUACUAAUUGUGGUGUAAAUUUAUUUUAUAUUGUCAUAAUUGAAAAAUUUACAAAAGUGAACCUGAUUUAAAUAAUUGUAAUGUCUUAAUUACAGAUAUACUGUUAAGCACAAGUUGUGUGCUGGACCCAAGCAAAGACAAUCAUUUGUACUUCUAAUUUCUGUUUGCUAUACAAUAAGUUGCCAUGAAAUGAUUAAACAAUCUUUUUAGAUUUCUAAA